GAGUCGGUCUCCGCCGCGGUCUGUUUAAAAACAAAAUGAUUCGCUCUCCAGAUUACCUGCAUGCAUGUGUACUUGUGUCUCUGUUGUUAAAGUUUAGCGUUACUUCUCAGAGUUUUAUUUUUACAAUCGGGACUCUAAAGACUCAUGUAAAUAUGACGUGUCGCACGUCUUUUCCGGUCAGUCGUCAUGGAAACAGGACGCUCAUCCAGCGUGCUGGAUGUGGACCAGAGUGGAAACAAACAUGUUGUAAAAUGAAAACAAAGUACCACUGUAUCCCGCCUUUAUGUGUGUAAACACCCACUGUUGCUGCACCAAAAAUUUUUUAAGGAAUUGUGUGUUCAAGUAAAACAUUUUAGAAUUGAUUUUAUAUUAUCUUGGGUAUUGUUAAAACGUCAGUGCUUAAUAAAUGUUUUCAGAAUCUUGUAAUAUUGUUUAUGAAGCAUAUUACAUCUAUAAAUAUGACAUCUAUAAUAAUGACAAUCAAAGAUUACUUAUUCAAAUCUCUACUGAACUAAAUCUCCUUUUAUUUCUUUGGCAGAAGAAUAUUGAAGCAAACCUAUUCAAAUAAUCUGAUAAACUAUUAACAACCUGUCUCAACUUAUUUUCUUUCUCUGUCUCUACAGCUGAGGAAGCACACAUCAAACAGCAAUGGCAGUCCAGUUAAGAGUCAUUUUACAAGAACACAGCAUUAAGAAGUUGACACUUCCAACAGGAAUUCCCAAUACAGUAGAUGAUCUUGUUUCCAUAAUUACUAAAACUUUCCAAUUGCAUGGGGAAUAUGGACUACUAUACCAAGACAAAGACUUUGACAAUCAGUUUUUCAGUGUCACCUCAACUGCUGACUUGUAUGACAAGGCCACUGUUAAAAUGAUCCUAAAAGAGCCUAACAUCACCCUUGACCUACACCCAAUAUUUGAAUCAGGACCAUCAUCUACAUUGAGCUCUUUGAGUUCUGUGAGCACCCAUCCUGCAAGUACUCCUGAAACAAACAUCUGCCCUGAAGAUCAUGAUGCAUCCUCACAGGUGUCCGACUCCACAUCGUCAGAUUCCAGCGACACCAUUAUUCUGCCUGAUUCAUGUCGCCUUGCUGCAUGGCCAGUGCCAUUUCAAGUACCUGAGUUUUCCAGAGACAUACAACUAAUCCUUGCAGAGGCAAACAACUCAUAUCAUGCCACUGGAAGACACUUCAUGGAUGCCAGCGUUAAAUCAGCAAUAAUGCAAGAAAUGUUUAAAGAAAGGUGGCCAGCAUUAUUCAUUGAAGCUCAGAUCAAGGAAGAGUUCAGACGUAUCACGACAGUUUCUUUGGAGGAGACAUUCAUGCUAAAGCUUGAUGAGUACACACCAGGUCUUAUGCAGCUUAUGCGUGCUAAAGGAGGGGCUGCUGGUUCCAAGAUGCACCCUCUGUUGGACACUUUAAAUGACACACAGAGCAUUGAGGAAAAAAGGGAUGCAGUUGUCUGCUGCCUCAUUAACUACCUUGGUGAAAAACAAGAAGAUCUUUUCCAUGACUGCCAGGAAUGUGAGGACUACACAGACAAAACAAUGAAGGUGAUCGUGAUGCACAACAUCAUGGCUGAGGAGGAUCCAUCAGAUGUGUCGAUUGUGAUUGAGGGAAACCAAGUGAUGGAAGGAUGUGGAAGGCGAACAAAGGCAUGUGUACUGCUGAUGGGACUGAUAUAUGCCCUCAACCUUGACUAUCCAAAGCAGCUCAAGAACACAGUUGAAGCUUUUCAAAAACUCUUUUUGGAACUUGAUGGGGAAAAACUACUGAAGAAGGUCCACAGCCUCAAAAACAAGCUCAUGCAAUAGACAUACAUUUCCCCUCUUGUUCCAAGAGGAACUUUUUUCUGGACAGAGAGUUUUAAUGGAGUAUAGUUUUAUAUUUUUGUUCUCUUCCCUCCUCUGCUCCACACACAGACACAGAAAUAUAUGUACAGAUGGAUACACAAGUAUGUUGCAGCCUCUCUCAGCCCACUCCAUUGUUCUCUGAUUUCUCCACAUUGACAGAAAUGGAAAAGCAAUAGAAACUGGCCAGUCUGGUCAAUACCACUGAAUCCUGAAGAAUUUUGAACUCACCCUCUUUCCCUCCCCAUUUGUUUGUUUCUUUUAUUCUCAUCCUGUCUCUGAGAGUGAGAGCAAGCACAGAAACUAAAGGAUGUUGGUUUUCUGAUCUGUCUUUAUCCAGAUGUUUGAUACUGUACACACAGAAACAAUCUUGUAGAGUUUGUGUGGGUUUUGUGGCUUUUAAAAUAGAGUAAGGGGCCUCUGAAAGUGUUGUUUGCAUUGACCAAUUAUCCAGAAAGAACAUUUGAAGCCUUUAGCUUAGUGAGUUAUAAAACGGGUUUAUUCAUUGAAAUGUUGUGUGAAGGUGUGUACUGCACUUUAUUCAUUUUUGGAUAAUUUAGUGUAUUAUUGCUGCAUAUAAACAAGGCAGUUCAGUUAUUUGUUGUGUAUAAAUACACCUGCAGAUUGCAGAUUUGCUCAGUCACUGUUGUGUGAGGCUGAAGAAACACAAGUAAGAGUUUAGAUACAAGAAAAUCUUCAUGUGAUUGGACAUCCCUUGCACCUCUGCUCUGAUCACCUCACUUCUCCUUUUCUCUGAUCUACUCCUUUAUUAUUGAGCAGUCUGGAUGUCCUAAAACAAGGAUAUGUUUUAUUGUCCAACAUUACUGAAACAGCAUUUGAAGUUGUUAGGUUAUAACACAGGUUCAUUAUUUGAAAUGUUGUGUGACACUGUUGUGCUGCAGUUUAUUCUGUG